ACGCCGUCAACAUUCUUUCUCUCACUCGUGGCAUUGAUAUCUACAGCGCCAUGUCAGACGUCAACGAACCAUUUUACCUCCGCUACUACUCAGGUCACUCUGGGCGGUUUGGACAUGAGUUUCUAGAAUUUGACUUUCGUACCCUCGGCGAUGGGCGAAGCGCCUCUGCUCGUUAUGCGAACAACUCCAACUACCGAAAUGACUCGCUCAUUCGUAAAGAAAUGUGCGUCAGUUCGCUGUUGAUUGCCGAAAUAAAGCGCAUCAUCAAGGACAGCGAGAUCAUGAAGGAAGACGACUCCAAAUGGCCGCAGAAGAACAAAGACGGACGACAGGAAUUGGAAAUCCGACUGGGCAGUGAACACAUUUCGUUCGAGACAGCGAAGAUUGGAUCUCUUGUAGACGUGACCGAGUCGGCCGACCCAGAAGGCCUCCGAGUCUUCUACUACCUGGUGCAGGAUCUCAAAGCGCUUGUCUUCUCACUUAUUUCACUCCAUUUCAAGAUCAAACCUAUCUAGAUCCACAGUCUCGUUGCUUUAAUGUGAAAAAGUCUGGAAUUAAUGAUAAUAUCAGAAUGACGGUGGCGUUCAUUGGCAAAUAUAUUUUUCCUGGUGUUAACUGGACUCGAUCAAUCAAAUUGAGCCAAUCAUGGCAGUAUAUACCAAAUCCGGGGCAAUCGUUGGAAGGGCUUGAUGAGUCAGUCGCGAUUGAACCGGCUGAUGCCGCAGAAACAGAACAGUACAAUACAAUAUUGACUGUCAUAAUU